GAAAAAUUGAAAAUCUUUUCCCCCGAAAAAAAAUUCUAAAAUAUUUUUCUUGUUGACAAUGGCAUCAUAAGCUUUCCGCACCGGCCGAUUCCACCUCCACCGGCUCUUUCAGUAAUUUCCGGCGUCUUUUCUCCCUUUCUGUCCCCUUCCCUCGUUUGACCUCCAGUCGUUUGUUUCAGUGUUUUCGGUGAAGUUAUUUAUUUGUGUUUAAGAAUAACUGAAGCUGUUUGUGCGGGAUAUGAUGUCCGCAUCUGGGCUGGCCGAAUCAAAGGGUUUCUCCAUGGAAAUUUUCGGUCCUGGAGUGGACAAGUCGAUAGGUUGCUAUCAUGCUGCGAUACAGGAAUUGAUUGUUAUUGACGAUCUCUUGUCAGUUUUGGUUGGAAUUGAAGGACGAUAUAUCUCGAUACGAGGAGUCCAGGGGAAGGAUGAUAGUGCAAUUUUCCAAGUUGAUGCAUCUAUGGAUUUGGUACUUCAGGAAUCUGCUAAACGGAUUUUUCCCCUCUGUGAGAGCUACAUAUACAUUAAUCAAUUUGUUGAGUCAAGGUCCGAGUUCAAAAGUGGUCUUGUCAAUCACGCUUUUGCAGCUGCACUUAGAACGCUACUACUUGUGGGUUCCUCUCAUCCUUUUCCUUUCUGUUUCUUUAAACUUGAUUACCAAGCCAUGGUGGCUCAGCUCGAACAUCAAUUUCGUCUGGGGAAACUUUCUAUUCAAGGAUUAUGGUUUUAUUGCCAGCCAAUGAUGGGGUCAAUGCUAGCAUUAUCCAUUCUAAUAAAGAAAGCUUCAGCUUCUAAUUCCAUUGGCUCCGUUGUUCUUAACCUCUUGCAAAGCCAAGCGAAGGCCAUGGCAGGAGACCAUGUAGUGAGGUCCUUGUUGGAAAAAAUGUCACAAUCUGCAAACCAAGCAUAUCUUGGAAUAUUAGAGAGAUGGGUGUAUGAGGGAGUGAUUGAUGACCCCUAUGGUGAAUUUUUCAUUGCUGAGAAUCAGUCUCUUCAGAAGGAAAGUCUCACACAUGAUUACGAUGCAAAGUAUUGGCAACAGCGCUACAGCCUGAAAGAUGACAUCCCUAGUUUCCUUGCAAAUGCUGCUGAAACAAUUUUGAUCACGGGAAAAUAUUUAAAUGUUAUGAGAGAAUGUGGCCAUAGUAUUCAGGUUCCUGUAGCAGAAAAUUUAAAAUUGACGACAGUUGGGUCUAAUCAUCGAUACCUUGAGUGCAUCAAAGCUGCUUAUGAUUUUGCUAGUGGUGAAUUAUUGAAUCUCGUAAAAGAAAAGGUCUGGUUCAGCAAUGCAGUUCUUUUCUCUGUCAGUUUUGGUUGCUGUCCUCCACUGCUUAAACUUCAAAUUGUUGAUAAUUCUUUACUGUUUUACUGGCAGUAUGACUUAAUGGGGAAACUGAGGUCAAUCAAGCACUAUUUGCUUCUUGAUCAGGGUGACUUUUUGGUUCACUUCAUGGAUAUAGCUCGCGAGGAGCUCAUGAAAAAGCCAGAUGAGAUUUCCGCUGAAAAGCUGCAGUCUCUCCUGGACCUUGCAUUGCGAUCUACAGCAGCUGUAGCCGAUCCAUGUCAUGAGGAUUUAACAUGUUGUGUGGAAAGAACCACUCUGUUAAAAAGGCUGAGUACGCUCAAAGAUCUUCAAAUGAAACAGAGUGUUUCCAGCAGCAAUGACCUAGAAGAGCCUGUGAGCAUUACAGGCUUGGAAACAUUUUCUUUGAGUUUCAAGGUUCUUGAGCCGAAUUGGCAUGUCAUGCAUAAUAGACUUCAAACUGCAAAGAGUAUUGACGAGGUCAUACAAUACCAUGACUUUUUUCUUGAAAAGUGCUUGAGGGAAUGUUUGCUUCUGUCACCCGUUCUUCUCAAGAAGCUAGAGAAGAUGAAAUCGAUAUGCCUUCAGUAUGCAUCAGCAGCUCAAUGGCUGGUUACAUACUCAAACGACAGCCCCAAAACUGAGAGUCCCGAUGUGGAUAGAUACAAAAAGCUGAAACUAAGAAGCCGAUCCCAGUUGCUGAAUGCCGCUCCUGAAAAUGCAGCAGUUGUUGAAUCCAUCCUGAAGUUUGAGAAGGAGUUUUCUAGGGAACUUCAGAGUCUUGGACCAAUAUUGAGCAGCAGUUCUUAUGCUGAGCCGUACUUAACUCAUCUUGCGCAGUGGCUUCUUGGGGUCGGAAGAGAUUGAGAAAGGUUAUGUUUCAAGAGUAUGUCACAAUCACAGUGGUGAAAGAUUUUUUUUUUUUUUUUNUU